AUGCGCGGCGGGCGGCCCGCGGCGCUGCCGCUGCUGGCGCUGGCGCUGCUGGCGGCGCAGGGCGGAGCGGCGCCCCUGCAGCCCGGCGGGACCCCCGCGCUCACCAAGAUCUACCCCCGCGGCAGCCACUGGGCUGUGGGACACUUAAUGGGGAAAAAAAGCACUGGAGAUUUUCCUUAUGGUUUUGAAGACAAAAACAAGACACCAUUUUCAGCAUUACCUGACAGUAUCAAGCAGCUGGAAGAGUAUCUGCAGUGGGAAGAAAUCUCAAAGUAUUUGCUAAGGCUGCUGGAAAGGAAUGAAAAUAAAAGUGGUCACUUUUCAAAAGGAGGGCUCCCCUGGUAUACCAGGAACACCUGGGAGACAGAUGACAAUAGCAGUUGGAAACAUAUGAUGGACUAUCUGCUUCAAGUUGUGAAUAUGAAAGAGAGUACUUCAAGCUGAAAGAAGAUCACUAAAUCAUGCAGAAAUUUAAUACUUUCUGUAAGAGACUAUAUUUCACAAGCACUUGAUUGUAUCAGAUAAUCAACACGGUCACUUUUCUGUACACAAGAAUUCCUUUGUGUAAAGUACUUAAAUACACAUAUUCUUGUAUGGUUCAUCAAGGACUAAAUCCUCUACUUCAUUUUCAAGGUUGCAUUUUCUCAUUUGAAUGGCUUUGAUAUAUAUAAAUAUAUAUAAAAUUGUCACGGAAGGGUCUUCCAAUUAAUUAUAUGACUUACCUAUCGAAUAAUUUCAUCUCUUAGUUUGAAACUACAUGACAUUGCAACAUUCACAAUAAAUAGUACCAAG